UGCGCGAGGUCAUGGCCGCGGCUUUUUGGGCACGGUGUGUCUCUCGGAUGGGGCUCUGCAGGAGCGUCUGGUCGGGCGGCAGCCGCCACUACCGCGCUGCGCGGUGCGCCGCAUUGAAGCAACCCCUGGUCAUGGAGGAGGUCGUCCCUCGCCCUGUCCUGCCCCACGAGGUCAGAGUGGAUGUCCAUUUCUGUGGAGUGAACUUUGCUGAUAUUUUGGUUUGCCGUGGUCAGUACCAGGAAAGGCUCCACGUUCCUUUCACACCUGGAAUGGAGUUUUCUGGGACAGUAUUGGAGACAGGCGCAGAUGUCAGCACAGUUAAAGAGGGAGAUCGAGUAAUCGGCGUGAGUGCCUUUAGUAGUAUGGCUGAAGAAUGUGUCACUGACCAGAAGUUACUCUGGAAGAUUCCAGAAGGGGUUCCCCUCCAAGAAGCUGCUGUCCUGCCUGUAUCUUACGGCACUGCUAUCAUGGCCCUGGAGCAUCGGGCACGUACCCAACCUGGAGAGACCGUUUUAGUGACAGCAGCGGCUGGAGCGACGGGCCUUGCAGUGAUAGAUGUGGCAACAAACAUUCUUCAGGCCAAGGUGAUAGCUGCUGCCGGAAGUGACGAGAAGUGCAAGCUGGCCGUGCAGAGGGGUGCGCAGUCCAGCGUGAACUACAGUCAGGGCAGCCUGAGGGAGGCAGUGAGGAAACUGGUGGGCAGCGGCGGCGUGGACGUGGCCAUCGACACCGUGGGCGGAGACGUCUUCCUGGAGGCUCUCCACAGCCUCGCCUGGGAAGGCAGGAUCGUGGUGGUGGGUUUUGCUGGAGGAACCAUUGCUUCCGUGCCGGCCAACCUUCUGCUCCUGAAGAACAUCUCUGCCAUGGGUGUGUACUGGGGCCGAUACCAAGACCGCAACUUUCCGGUCUUCUCCCAGAGCCUGUCCUCGGCUCUCCAGUACUGCCAGGAAGGACGCAUCCAGCCACACUUGGGAGCCGUUUUUAAGCUGGAGGAGGUCAAUGAUGCUUUCCGUCACGUGGUGCAGCGCAAAUCCACGGGCAAGGUGCUCCUCUCCCUCAAGUAAAGCCUCGCCUCAGCAGCAAACGCAGCAUGUCCGGAUCCAAACUCAUCACCUUCCUAAAAACCUGCUCUCCUUUCUGUGUUUCUAAAGGUGGCACCACCUUCUUUAUCAGUUCAGGCUCAAAGUGUUUUAGAGUCACCUUUGAAUCUUUUUUCCUAUUCCUCAUCCUUCGUAUGAUCACUCACUUGACUGUCCAGACUUGGACCCUUUGGAGAGGAGAGGAUGCUGUUGGUAAUUAUGCCAGGAAACAGGUGUCUCAGGCAACCAGGAGGUAGGGUCACGCUGUUUACAAUGCAGCGGUGGCCGGCUGUCAUCAUCCCCGCCUCCAAGACAUGGCUCACGUCUUUAUCCUCUUUUCCACUUGGCUAAUUGUGUCUCAUCUGCUAAUGCCAGUGAUCUCUUUGGCUUUUCUAACUUUGAACUACAGCCCCUCCACCUUGGUUAUACAUUAUUGCCAUGACGGCCCUCUCAAAGCACAGCUACGACUACGUCUCGUCUUAGAAGACCCGCAAUGGUGCGCCAUUGUUGACAAGGUGGGUUCAGACUUGUGGAGCCAGCAGCACUUCAUCGUGGCCCAGGUUUUGCCCCCUCUGCUUUCUAGCCGUAUGUUCGACAACUGUGCUGGUCCCUCAGUAGCACCAAGAUGUCCUGCGUCCCCCUCUGCUCUGCUCAAGCGGUUUCCUUUACUCCCUCAUCUCUGUCGAACAUAAGCUUUCCUGACCCACAAGACCUGUGUCUGCAAUGAGCCUCUUCCCUCAGGAGGGUGCUCGUCUCUUCUCUUCCCCCCGACCUUCCUGUAGCUUCCCCCCUCCCCACCCUGGGUUUGUUACACCAAAAGAAGCAGCGUGUCUAGUGCGGAUGUGGGUCUGAAUCUGUCUCACCACUUUGGAGCUGGUUACUUAAGGUCGCUGAGUCUUCACUUUUUUCACUCUAAUGUAGAUAUUAUAUCGUCCACCUCACAAGGUGGUUGUGAGCAACACAUGUGGUGAUUGGGCGAGGCGAUUAGCAAAUACAGAGAUUAGCAAAUGCUAGUUACUUUCACUUUCUUUCUUAAAAAAUAUUUAUUUUUAGAGAGAGGGCAAGGGAGGGAGAAAGAGGGGGAGAGAAACAUUGAUGCAAGAGAAAAACAUCACUCAGACACCUCUGGUCCAUGUCCUGACCCGGGACUGAACCCACAACCCAGGCAUGUGUCCUGACUGGGAAUCGAACCGGUGACCUUUUGCUUUGUGGGGUGACGCCUCACCAACUGAACCAUUCCAGUCAGGACCACUUCUUUAUCUUCUGCUUUCCUAAUAUAGCAUAAGUUCUUUCAGAGCAGGUACCGUGUUGGAUUCACUUUUGUACCUCCCACAAUUCCUAGCACAGUGAAGUUACCCUCGGUAAAUGCUCAAUAAAUCAAAUUGUA